AUGAGUUUGGAUGUAGUGUUGAUCACAGGCGCCAAUCGGGGCAUUGGACUCUCAUUAGUGCGACAGGUGUUGACCACAACUCACGCCAAACAUGUCAUCGCAACCACUCGUCAGUCGUCUCACCCAGAGUUGGAUCAACUCAGAGACAAACACCCGAAUAGACUCCAUGUGUUGACCACAACUCACGCCAAACAUGUCAUCGCAACCACUCGUCAGUCGUCUCACCCAGAGUUGGAUCAACUCAGAGACAAACACCCGAAUAGACUCCAUGUCCUGCAACUGGAGGGCACUAAUUAUAACAGUUUUCCGCAGUUUGUCAAACAAGUGGAGGCCAUAGUGGGUGACCAGGGAUUGGAUACCCUCGUCAAUAACGCCGGUAUUAUUUGUCGCAAUGGUUUGGAUUCGGUGUCCGUCGAGGAUAUGAUGAAUGUGUUUGAAGUGAAUUCUGUGGCACCGCUUAUGUUAACCAAAGCAUUGCUGCCAUUGCUUAAGGUCUCGGCUACCAAACGCAAAACAGCUGUAAUCAACAUAACGUCAACCUUGGGAUCCAUAUCCCUGAUCGGACAGUACCCGUUCCGAGGCUACUAUCCCUAUCAGACUAGUAAAGCGGCCCUCAAUAUGACCACCAAAUGCCUGUCCGUAGACCUCAAACCUCUGGGCAUAAGUGUGAUGGGCGUACACCCGGGUCACGUGCGCACCGGGUUUACCAACUAUAACGCCGCUAUUGAUGUCGACACGAGUGUCACCGGUAUUCUCGACGCUAUCCGUGCUAUUAAUGAUGAGUUAUUGGGACAGACUGUCAGUUAUGAUGGCUCUAUAAUUCCCUAUUAA